AUGCUUUUUUGUGCAGUUUGACGUAAAACAACUUCAAUUUGUUCCAAUUUCGUUGUUCUGUCUUAUUAGUUUUUAUAUGAAUUUCUUUUUACGGGUGACACAACUGGUACAUUUUACUAGUUGUUUGGAUAAUUAACUAUCGUCCGCGUGUCCAGAGUUUGUUUCUGAGACGGUGAUCAUAGUCAAUCUGUAUGCAACUGUUACGCGUCGCCUCGACUAUGUCUUACCAAGGAUCACCAUAUUCGGGCCCGGGAGAUGAAUAUGACUUCGAGGAUGACGGGUACGACGACUUGGACGAAUAUAGGGAUCAGGAAGACGCCUUACCACCACCGCCGUUGGACGACAGUGAUGAGGACACAGAAGAGGCUAGUGAAACAGAUGUACCCAAGAAUGAUGAACCACUUGAAAUCAAAGAACAGAUGUACCAAGCCAAAUUGGCCUCCCUGAACAAACAGCUACAGCAACUUCAGGAAGAAAUUCACCCGGAGUUUCUAAGGAGGGUCAAGAGAUUGGAACACCAGUUGCAUGAGAGGUUACGGCUCAAUAGAAUAUAUAAAGAUCACAUGUAUGAUGUGGUAGAAAGGGAGUAUAUAGCAGAGAAGAAAGCAGCAGCAAAAGAGUUUGAGGAGAAGAAAAUAGAAUUAAGGGAGAACCUGCUAAAUGACUUUGAAGACAAGCGCAGAUUGAUUGAGAAUGAACGACAGAAUAUGGAACUGAAUGGAGAUUCUAUGGAGGUAAAGCCCGUCAUGAAGCGUAUAUUGCGGCGGCGUGCGAAUGAGCCCGCCCCAGCGCCGGAGAAGCGGCGGAAACCCCUCACCACGACGCUCACCUUCCAGCUGGACGACAAGGACAUCGAUGCAGACCUCCGCGCGAUAUCGAGGCACUCGCCACCGCCCAGGCAUCAUACCCCCUCGCACAACUCCGCGGCACCCAGGAAGCAUCUCAACUCUAGCAGUUGUGAAUCGCCAGUUCGCGAGAGUAGCGAUACAUCGGAGACGCGCGUGGAGGACGGCAAGUUGUUGUACGAGCGGCGCUGGUUCCACCGCGGGCAGAGCGUCUACGUCGAGGGCCGCGAGGUGGCGCGCUUCCCCGGACAGAUACACGCUAUCACUGACGAGGCGAUCUGGGUGAAGAAACAAAACCUCGAGCGGUUUCGAAUAUACAUAUCUCAGUUAGCGCGCGGUAAAGUGACGUUAAAGAGACGUGCCUCAUAAGGCACCGACUGUACAGUGAGAGUGAGGUUUGUGAGCGGUCUGCGGCGACCGGACCAGUGACCAAUGGCGGAGUGCGUGUACCGGCCUUUAGUACAGAUGCUAGAGUGUGCAUGACCUUCGAUACAGUGCUGUCAAAUCAAGAAUAGGACUGUCAAUGUCAACUGUCACUUGAAUGGUAUGCAUUAGUUUACCAUAUUAUUUAGAAUGCAUACUUUUUCGUAUAAUGUACAUUAUUUUAUUGAGCUUAUAUUUUUAAUAUUUUAUUUAUUUAUUUUCUUUUUUUUUUUACACUAAACUCUAUUUGAAACAUAGUGACUGAGCAUUCUAAUUUAUUAUGGAUAUGGCAGUAUGGAGGCAUUACCAGUAGUUGUUAGGCUUGGCAAUCUGGCAACCUGGCAAAGGCUUUGGUAAUAUUUUAAAAGGGAGACUGCUGCCCUUCGACUUUUUUUUAUUAAGUUUCCUUAGUCACCUCUUACGGCAUUCAUGUGAAAGGAAGAGGUGGCGCAUUCUUUGCUGUGACCACAGGCAAACGGAUUCACCUUACCAUGCCAUAAUAAUUAUAUUUUUUAAUAUUUUAUUUAUUUAUUAUUUAUGGAUUACAUUUUAUGCCAACGAUAUUGGUAUAUUUUUAAAAAGUGUCGCUAAUUGCGUUAAUGUAGAAAGUGCAUUCUCUUCAUUAUUUAAUUAAUUUUAUACUGACAGUGUAAGCGCGCACAAUAUGGCGGAAUGUAAUUCCUAUUCUUAUUUUGAUAGUGUUGUAUUGAUCCGAUGAAUUUAUCAUGAUCUAUAAAAUUGAAACCUAUGAAGUUUCACAGCACUGAUUUUUGUUUGUGUCCUUGUAGAUUACUGUAAGGUAUGGUUUAUUUUCACAAAGUUCAUAUGAUGACAAUAAUUACUUGAUAAUUAUUUAUAAAAUUUUUAUGUUUACUAUAAAUACCAUUGUUUUAGAGAAUUUGACAAGAUGAACUAUUACAGUGACAUGCGAAUGGAUUUUUUAUAGUUAUUUUUUUUUACAUUUUCAUUUUAUCGUGAACAUUGUGUUGUGAAUGAAUGUUUACAAUUAAAACACAAAGUAAUUAAGUAAUAGAGUGAAAAUUUCUUUAUCAUACUGGAGAAUGUAUUUGGAAUGUUCCAGAAAGAAUUUUGACUGGUUUUCAGUUCCGAAUAAUGGUCAGAAUUCACUGUUUUAGUUUUUGCCAACCUGUCCUUUACACCACGUUUACACGUUUAUAUAUAUAUAUGUAAUAACAUAUAAUUAUAUAAAAUAAAAUCAUAUAAUUUUGACCUGUAAAAAAAGAUAUAAUAUAUCGAUUAAGAAAAAAAGUGGCCAAAUUUGAAAAUAUUACACUAAAACCAUGAAGAGUUUUCUCAUAUAUCAUUGAUAAGUAUUAAAAUGCUAUUUUCACUCUGUCCAUGAAAUAACUUGCCCAUUAAUAAUUUAAUUAUAAAAAAUGUAUAGAUGAACGAUAUGAAAUUUAUUUAUUUAUUUAAUUUUCAUGUACAUAACAAAAGUGCAUAUGGCAUUACAAUAUGAAUUCAUUUUACUCCAUUUAUGAGAUAACCUUUUCCCAAAACAAUUGUUGAAAUCCCAAUCCCAAAAAUAUUGCUUGUAAUUCUAUGGUGGUUCUAGUCAGAUCAUAAAUGCAUUAUCUUUGACAUAUCGGUCUCUGUCUAUACCACAAGAGAUCCGGCAUGAAGGUAUUAUUGAUUAGAUAAACCCAACGUUAAUUUACGAGGGGAGGUUGGUUGGUUCGCAGCCUCAGGUGCAUAAUGAGUGAAAAUAUAUUGUUUUAUAUUUUUCCCACAUCCCUUUAAGUAAGUAAUCAAUUAACAUAAUUCCCUCGCUGUCUUUGAACUUGUCUAGCUUUGAACCCGACUUUUCCACUUUAAACUUCUUUAGUGUCCUUUCUCCCUUUUUAUCCACUGCGUCGACUCUUGAUUAGACUUUGGAUCAUACUGACGAAUCCAGAUCUCUUUAACGGUGACAAUACGGUUACAAAUUUCGUCCAAAUCACUCUGAUAUAAUUCUCAAAAAAUUACAACUUUUCAAUCGUCGUUGCUUGUCGAGCGAUGUGAGCAUUCAUGGUACCCAAUGCUCACAAUUUUUUUUCCAUGUAGAAUGUCUCCAAUUCGUUCCUUACUAAUCUGUAGUUCUUCUGUUAUCUGGCACAGUUUAAUUUUUCGAUUGGCCAGUACUAUUUGUUCGACUUUUUUAAUCUAUACUUCGGUCGCUCUAGUUAAUGGGCAUCCAAGGCAAAGGUCGUCUUCACACGUCUUUUUUCCUCGUUGAAAUAACCGAGUCCAUUUUUUUACUACCGUAUAUGAAGGUGUCUAAUCCUGAAGACCCGAUGACAUUUCCUCAAAAAAUUAUUUUGGGGUACUUCCUUUUUUAACAAGGAGUUUCAUUACAGCGCAGUGUUUCAAAUUGCUAGAAUUUCUAGUUUCUUCUGACAUGGUGUUGUUGAGUGUUCCAGGGAUUGAAUGUUAAUGAACAAAAUUUUUUUUUAUACCACUGAGGUGGCAAACAAGCAUACCGCCCAAUUGAUGAUAAGCGGUUACCGUAGCCUAUGAACGCCUGCAAUACCAGAGGUAUUACGCGCGCGUUGCCGACCCUGAAGAAACCUCUUUACCCCCCAUUUGAAAAACCCCAUGCUGUAGUCUCUUGGGAAUACCUCGGCAGGGAGCUCAUUCCAUAACCUGAGUGUUCGUGGGAGAAAGCAUCUCUGAAACCGAACUAAUGAACUAAAUACAAAAAUGGGAUAUUUUUUUAUACUUACAAGGAGUCACCCAAUUAGUAUUAUCACUAGUGUGAUGAUGAGACAUUGCCAAGUACUUUAGGUCGCGAACUUAUCAGCCUCGCAUUAUUACAGUCUAAUAAAGUUUUCCUAUCAGUCUUCCGCCUCUAUACCGAGCAAUCUUGUCCCCAAUUGUCCUGUAUUUAAUAGGACCAUGUCAAGACAAUUCACCAUUGGUUAAUCUUUAUAGAUAGAUAGAUACUCUUUAUUGUUUCCUCCAAAAGAUUACAAUAGUAAACUUAUUAUAAAUAUAAAUAUUUACAAGAAAUAAUCGCAAUGAGAAAACAAUGGGCGACCUUAUCGCUAAGAGCGAUCUAUACUGGAAAAUAAAAUAUUUUUUUAUCUAUGUUAUUAUUAAAACUUGCAAAUGCAGUCAUUAAUGUCACUAUCCUAUCAGCCGUUAACUGCCCACUGCUGAACAUAGGCCUCCCCCUAUUGGGAGGUUUUGCCAGUUAUUGCCAUGCUUUAAAAGUCUGCUAGCUUUUACCUGCGAAAUUGUCCGCGUGACUAGAAUGUGUUUACUGACCAGGUAAAAAGUAGCUUAUAUCCAAUCCUAAUAUAAAUGUAAAAGUGAGUUUGUUUGUUUGUUACGUCUUAAUGCUUUAACCAAUCACUAAUUGGUAUACACGUACUAUAUGGGAUUGGGAAGCACAUAAGCUACUUUUUAUCCCAGUAGGUUAACAUAUCCCGUUCACGUGAACGAACUCACGGGUAAAAAGUAAUUUAAAAAUAAAAUUAAAUCAAAGAGAAUUUUGUAAACAGAUCAAAACUAAAAAUCCAUUUGAUUAUAAAAAUGAUCAUCUAUAUCAGUAAUACGCUAUUUUGAAUUGACUAAGAUAUUGCGUGACAUAUACACAAAAAAAAAUAGAAUUGAGAGCAAGUAUAGUAUUGUCUAUGGUAAAAAACAUGUAAAGUUGGACUAUUCUAUAGUGCAAGUAAACAGAAACGGACUGUACACUGUACACACAAAACAGAAUAAUUUACAAACAAUUUCUAACAAAACAAUUGUGAACAUUCCCUUUCAAACAGCUUGUUUUUGAGCGUCAUCUCUAGUCAAGUUCUUUAUCAAUUAUUGGUUAUGAUAAUUUAUUUCAUGAAAUAUAUGAACAAUUUAAUUGUGAAACUGUAAAUGCAGUGUUGAAUUUGCCGCGAUGUCAAAUGGUACAUUCCUAUUGGUCGAAUUUAUCGCGCGCCUUGUUUUUUUUUUUAUUUUCCAUAUGUGGCAAACGGCAAUAUUAAAUAAGAAUUCGCGUUGUAAUAAAGGCACGUUUAUAUCUACAGAUAUUGAGCGUUUAGGAAUCGCGUCGUACAAUCACUGUCUAUUCAAAAGCAGCAAUGGCUGACAGAGUAGCUUUAGAAAAUAAAAUAAAAAUUUUUUAAUUCAUAAUUAUUUAAUGACUAUGGUACACAAGCUGACGGCUUACGUUAUGGGAAAAAAUCGUAUUCGUCUCGUAGACAUAAACAGAACCAUAGACAUAUUUUGUUAUGUCUAUAAUAUUAAGGAUUAAAAAUGAGUGAGACCGGCGUUUAGAGUAUGUCUGUUACCCGUCUGAGAUGCUCAAUGUCCGUAGAUAUAAAUGGGCCUUAAUUUUUUAAAUGUAUUUUUUUUUUAUUUUAAAUGUCUGACAAAAGCGUUGAACUUUUUUUUUUAUGAAAUGUAAAUGUCAACAAAUAUUAAUUUAACCGAGUUACAAAGUUACAUAUUUUAUGUAAAUAUUUGUGGUAAUUUCAGAGUAGUUAAAAUUUUUUAUUGCUCUUUUCAAAUUAAGUUGUGUAUUAUUGUCAUCAUGUCGUGUCACCUUAGUUUAUAUAUAUAGAUAGAGCAGCUAGUCUCGAAAACGGGUCAACUUUUUGUCAGUUAAUAGUCAAAUUAGCCAACUCUAUUUUUUAUCAGUGUUCUAUAUACUUACGCACACAAUGUAUUUUGACGUCUCUAUAUUUAAUUAUUUAAUAAAUAAAAUGAGUUAUUAUGCAUUAAAAAGAUGCAAAAAUUAUAAGACAUAAUAAAUAUAGAAGUUGUAAAGAAAACACUCGUGACUAUAUAUCACGCAAAAUUGUAUGAAAAAGUUGAGCCGCUUUUCUCGAAACAUUUGUAUGGAGACACUCUGUAUGUAUAAUCUAAGGGUAUGACAUUGUUUAUAAUGUGCAAAGUGCAUUCUUAGCGCGUGUCUGCAGUGACAAAAUCUAACAAAACAAUGUAAUGGUGUUAGUGGUUUGUUUGUAAGUAUUGGCUCAUUUUAUAAUUGACCGUAGCACGGCACGAUAUUGUACGAUUUUAUUGUCGUGACGUUAUAAGAGAAUUUUUUAUGACACUUAGAAUGGCAAAUGCGCAGAAAUGAAAGCUGUUUUUUAAAGAAAGUGUUAAGUAUGACAGCUAAUUCGAACUACCAGUCCCAUUGCUAACAAUAUAUCCAAUCAGGUCGACCUCCCCGUGGUCCUCCUUGGAAACCAGCGUGUUAAAUUCCAAGUGUAUUUAUUACGAUGGGCUAACCUUUUUCAUUCUCAGCUAUCGUCCCUCACUGGUGCCACGCCACCGUAUACCGAUAGCCCAGGAGGGGUUACCGUUCCAUUAUCAUCCAUUAAAAAAAAGCCGUCGCUUAUAGACUCGAACAGCACCAUGGACAUUACCAGAAUACACUAUCAUGCCCAUGGUACCCCUUAUGCGUUGCUGUUACUGAGGGCUAAGAUGUUAAGUCUCCAUACAUCCUUCUAACCGAAACACAGCCAUACAAGCGCAGCUGCUUCACGGCGGAAAUACAAGUGGACAGAGGUAUCCAAGCAGACGGCUUUUAAUUAAAUUCUUGAAUUUACAUACAUAAUUAAAAAAAUCACAAUAUUUAAAUUGCAUACAUUGUCGUGACAGUAAAAUCGUGCAAAUCGUGUAAAUAAUGUCGUGCCACGUAAUACGUUAAAUUAUAAAAGCGCCGAUUGGCUAAGCAAUAAUAAAUUUAGGUUAUUUGUAUUGUUACAUUCGGUCUCUGCGGAUACUCUUUCAGGCGUCGUGUCAAGCACGACACGCGAUAAUCGUGCAGUGACAAUGAUUUUGUAAUAUUAUUGGUGACAAGUUUAUUUAUAAAAAAUAAAAAAUCCACGAUUGUGUGCAGUAUUGUAACAUUGUAAAUAAUAUUGUAAAUUUCCAAUGUAUUAUACUGAUCAAAUGUCUGCGUAAUGCGUAAAUGAAAUGGAUUUUAGAUUGUAACAUUUGUUUCAGAUUAUUUUUUUAUAAUUGUGAUGAAUAAUUAUUGUGUAAAUGUGUUGUGACAAUUGUAAAUAUGCGUACGUGAAAUUUUACUAAAGUAGAUGAUAUCGAAGCGAGAUCUUUUAAAUUACAUUAUUGUAUUAAGAUGAAAUACCUAUA